AUGCUUGCUAUAUUUAUAUUUCUGAAUGUGGAAAGCGGAUUUAAAAACAAGCGACUUGAGAAUGUUAAAACAUGUUUGAUCUUAAUGACAACCAACUCUCGGGUGGUAUUCCCUAGAGAAAUUGGAAAUUUAAGCAACUUAGCAGUGCUCAACCUUAGCACAAAUGAUCUUUCUGGUGCACUUCCCCCUUCCAUUGGAAACUUGAGCAAUAUAUUUCAUAUUUUUCUUUAUCGAAAUAGCCUUUCUGGACAUAUUCCAAGAGAAAUUGGAAACUUGGGAAAUUUAAGCAACUUAGAAAUGCUUGACCUUAGUUUCAAUAAUCUCUUCGGUACACUGUCGGCUUCCAUAGGAAACUUGACUAGCAUAAAAAGUCUGCAAUUGGCUUUGAAUAGCUUCACUGGCCAAUUGCCACAGCUAAUAUGUGGUGGUGGAUCACUUCAGAAUUUUAGUGCCAGUUCAAACAAUUUUACCAGCCCAAUCCCAAAAAGCUUGAAAAACUGCACUGGCCUUAUUAGACUUAAGCUAAAUCAAAACCAACUAACAGGAAACGUAACAGAAGCUUUUGGUAUAUACCCAAACUUGAAUCAUAUUGAUCUAAGUGGCUCCAUACCACCUGUGCUUGGUAAGGCAACUAAGCUACGUGUACUUGACCUUUCCUCAAAUCAUCUCUCAGGAAAUAUUCCAGAGGAAUUUGGAACCUUGAAGUUAUUGCACAAACUUAUGCUACAUGGCAAUCGACUAUCUGGAGAUAUUCAGUACAAAAUCAAAAUGCUAGCUAAUCUAGAAAGUUUACACUUGGCAGCAAACAAUCUAAGUGGCUCAAUUCCAAAAGAGCUCGGAGGGUGCUACAAGCUUUUACAGUUGAGUUUGGAAAAUAAUGAAUUUGAAGGCAGUGUUCCUUCGAAGAUAACAAAUAUCUACUCCCUUAAAAUCCUUGAUCUCAGUUCAAAUUUGCUCAAGGGAGAGAUACCCCAUAAAUUGCAAAAAUGA